AUGAAGGACUCCUGUGUUGUGGGCACACUCACCUUGAUCUUUGGCCUGCUUUCUACUCUCCAAGGAGUAAGCACCAAUGAGGUAAGCCACACCAUGAACAUUCUAAGCUGCCCCAAAGGAUUCACAUGCUGUGACAAUGAAUGCUGCCCAGAAAGAAAGGCCUGGGAUCCUGCAAAUGACCCCUUCAGGUUCCUGGUCAUCAUCUUAUUGAUCAUGGUUGCCCUCUUGUUCAUCUAUGGGCUACUACUGGAGUGCUUUCACCUCUGGGGGAGGGUGAGUCACAUGGGCAAAUGUCCCAAUUGUAGAAGAGAUCAGCAUGACAUCAGAACAGGGGAUCAUCUGAAAACCACAGAACCACCCUUCACUGCUCCCCUAGAGAGCAUUUAUGUCAGCUCCUUGGAUUCCCCACCACCCUACAGUCAGAUUGUUCUGAAUCCAACUCCCACAGAACUAUCUCCUCCCUACAGCCUCAGGCCUGAGGGCCUUGCUGGUCAGAUGAGAGGGGAUGCCUAUGCAACCCUGUGA